UACGUUUCCCGCAAACAGACAUGAAGUUCCUAGGAAAGUAAUGUGCCUGCUCCUUCUUCAGACGUGCCUCCUCUCCUCCUUUUAUUUGCUUAUGCGUAGUGCAAAUUAGGGGACUGCAGGUGCGCUUAGCCCUUCAAGAACCAAAAAACUUUGCUGCUCGAGUGAACGGGACAAAACAAGCAUGGUGCUGAAAUUCCCACCUCCCUCGUGUACUCCAACAUCCCGCAAGACAGGCCAUUCUAAGAGGAAGCGGUUGGAUCCAUUUGAUGGUGAGAUGUCGAGCGGACUCGAAAGUGAUGACGUGCCCAAGAGUUGCUUGACCGAAGAGGAAAUCCAGAGAGUGGUCAGGGAAGAGCUGAAGCCGGUAAAAUCUGACUUGAAAGAGGUCAGGAAAGAACAGAAGCUUUUAAAAUCUCACUUGGCUGAUCUUGUCCGGAGUUGCAUCUGUAACACUCUCAAAGAGGAAGUUGUGCCAGUGAUUUGCUCGUCUCUAGAGGAUACUAGUCGGAGAGUGGUAAGGGAAGAGUUGAUGAAGCACGCAAGUUCUCAAUCUGCUCAACUUGUAAGGGUGCACCAUCGCAGCUCUGGUGAUGUCAGGCCGAAAGAUGGGAUGACUGAGGGCUUGAAUCCUGUCGCUACCGAUCAAACGCUGCUUGCUCGUGGACAAACUUAAGGAUUCAAGGCACUGGCCAUGGAGACUUCUUAUUUAUCUUAAUAGCAUGAGUUUAAUGAUGUUUAGUGUGUGUUAGAAGCUUUGGGAGUUCCGGGAUGAAACAAUGAUUUCUAUUCCUGUUAAUCGAAUUAUGAGCGCUAUGGUUUUCGGUAUCCUAAAUUCUAACGCAAUCGGUUUCA